GUGGAGGAUUUCGUGGAGGCUGCUGGGUUCCGCCUGCAGCAGCCCAAAUAUUGUUUCCCCAUCAACCUCACUUUGCCUCCCCGCACUUCUCAAACUCGCACCCUAUGCCCGGAACACACAAAUCCAAAGCUCGAGUGCGCACGCGCACUGGCUGUCUGGAGUUGCCGCAAGAAAUGCGACGAGUUCCGACCACAAUGCCAGAGAUGCCGUGGCAAAAGUCUUGCAUGUACUUGGCCCACAGAUGCCUCGCAGCCCAUUGAUGGCCGUCGACGAGAAGGACGGAGGUGGAGCGCCCCGACACGGGAGCUCGACGAGCAUGAGUCUUUGAGGGACCACUUCGUCACGUCUGUGAUGCCGCGGCUUGUGCGACAGAAUUGCGUGCCUGAGUGCUGCGACCAAUCUUAUUUGCUUCGCCUGGCCCAGGAGUUCCCACCAUUGAUGGCUGUCUUGCUCGCAAUGGCGGCUGCCGAUCUGGGGAAGGACGCUGUAGCUACGGCGCGCUACCUGUAUACGUUGCGCAGUCUACAGGAUCGGAUGGCGGAUGCGCCUGACGCCGGUAACGAGGAUGGUCUUUUGGCAACGGCAAUCUUCUUGUGUUUAUUUGAAAAUCUCCGACCCGAUGCGCCCCCAAACACAGCUGUGCAUAUCGGAGCAGCUGGUGCGCUUCUCUUCAAACGACAACCAGUCAAGGCCCUCCAAGGGGCAACUCAGCCUGCCGUUGUGUUUGAACGCAUUUGCAUCGAAUCGUUUCUCUACCACAGUACGCUUAUGAUGCUAUUUGACCCCUCUCUGGAUGGAAAUCCAACGGGCAGCAUGGCGUCCUACUUGGCCAGUAGGAUGGCAAAUAAUCGUGAAGACCCCACGACGCAGCCUAUUCUGGACGAGCCAUACCAGUUCUUCCUCAUGAUUGCAGAUGUGACAUGUCUGGCCAGGAAAUCGCAGCCCCUGAAUGUCAUUGAACGUCAACAAUGGACACGUUUGCAGGCCGGCGUUUUACAGUACGAGCAGCUCAUCCGUGCAGAUGACCCCUUAAAGAGCCUUUAUGUGCGGGCCAUGCGAGUCUUACUAUUAAAGACGGAUUGCAUCCGGUCGGCAGCACAGAGAACAGCUGAGAUACGGGCAUUGGGCUGCGAAGGGCUCACACUUCUAUCCCAGCUGGAUCUUCAGCGAUAUUUGCUUAGUUAUGCGCUCUGGCCUGUGGCUGUUAUCGGUGCUAUUUGCUUAUAUGAGGGCGAACAGCGUCUUGUACAGGGAAGAAUUGCGCCUUGUACUCGAAUGAGGCGUGGGCAGUCUGUGCGACUACUGGCGCGGCUGAAACGCAUAUGGGCGUCACCAACGGAAAACCAAGGAGAUAUGAUAAUACGACGAUUACAAAUUUUGCUCGACUCAUCCUGA